AUGGCCACGGUGAGCACAGAUGCCACGGACAGAGACACAUGCAGGUUUAAAAUCGUCCUCACCUUGGUGGCCUCUGGAAUAGAGUGCAUCACUGGCAUCGUUGGGAAUGGCUUCAUCAUGGCCAUCCAUGGGGCCGAGCGGGCCAGAGGCAAAAGACUCCCUGUCAGUGACUGCAUUCUGCUGAUGCUCAGCCUUUCCAGGCUCUUGCUGCAGAUCUGGAUGAUGCUGGAGAAUACUUACAGUCUACUGUUCCGGGUCACUUAUAACCAAAACACAGUGUUUAUACUCUUCAAAGUCGUCAUCAUGUUUCUGAACUAUUUCAACCUCUGGCUUGCUGCCUGGCUCAACAUCUUCUAUUGUCUUAGAAUUGCAAACUUUGCUCACCCUUUGUUCUUCUUGAUGAAGAGGAAAAUCACAGCGCUGAUGCCUUGGCUUCUGGGACUGUCACUGUUCAUCUCCUUAUGCUUCAGCUUUCCCUUCUCUACAGAUAUCUUCAAUGUAUAUGUAAAUAGUUCCAUUCCCAUCCCCUGCUCCAACACCCUGGAGAAGUACUUCUCUGAGACCAAUGUGGUCAACCUGGUUCUUCUCUAUAACCUGGGGAUCUUCAUUCCUCUGCUCAUGUUCAUCCUUUCAGCCACCCUGCUGAUCAUCUCUCUCAAGAGACACACCCUCCACAUGGAGAGCAAUGCCACUGGUUCCAGGGACCCCAGCAUGGAGGCUCACAUGGGGGCCAUCAAAGCUACCAGCUGCUUUCUCAUUCUCUACAUUUUCAAUGCAGUUGCUCUAUUUAUUUCCAUGUCCAACAUCUUCGACAUCAACAGUUCCUGGAAUAUUGUGUGCAAAAUCGUCAUGGCCGCUUACCCGGCUGGCCACUCAGCGCUGAUCUUGGGGAACCCUGGGCUGAGAAGAGCAUGGAAGAGGUUUCAGCACCAUGUUCAUCUUCACCUGUAA